AUGCUUCUCCCCGUCCUGGCUCUCCUGGCCGUUCCGGCCUUGGCCGACGACUACCGGCCAGUCUACCACUUCGUCCCCGAGCAAAACUGGAUGAACGAGCCCAAUGGCCUCAUCAAAAUCGACUCCACCUGGCACCUCUUCUACCAGCACAACCCCACCGCCAACAUCUGGGGGAACCUUAAUUGGGGCCACGCCACCAGCAACGACCUCGUCCACUGGACGCACCAGCCCCUCGCAAUCACCGCGGAGAACGGCGUCGAAGCGUUCACGGGCACGGCCUACUAUGAUUCCGAGAAUACAUCUGGUCUCGGUACCGCGGGGAGCCCACCCUAUCUCGCUUACUUUACGGGCUAUUUCCCGUCCAAUGGCACCCAGGACCAGCGGCUCGCCUAUAGCGUGGAUGCCGGCGACACCUGGACCAAGUACCCGGGAAACCCAAUCAUCUCCGCGGCGCAAGAGUCUCCGCACGACGAGACUGGGGGGCUGGAGACGCGUGAUCCCAAGGUGUUCUUCCACGAGCCCUCUGGCAACUGGGUCAUGGUCCUCGCGCACGGCGGGCAGGACAAGCUGACUUUCUGGACCUCGCCUGAUGGCUUGAAGUGGAAGUGGGUGAGCGGUCUCACCGCAGACCAGGUCGCUGGUCUCCCAUCGGGUGUUACGGGGUGGGAAGUGCCAGAUAUGUUCCAGCUGCCUAUUGAGGGCACAGACGAGACAACCUGGGUGCUGAUUGUUACGCCGGCCCAGGGGUCUCCGGCCGGUGGCAACGGUGUGUUUGCCUUGACGGGCUCUUUUGACGGGACGUCGUUCCAGCCUGAUGAUGUGGACACGUCCACGCUGUGGCUCGAUCACGGCCGGGACUUUGACGGCGCCUUGAGCUGGGAGAACGUCGAGGCCUCCGACGGUCGACGCAUCCUCGCUGCCAUUGCCAACAGCUACGGCGCCAGCCCGCCGACCAACACGUGGAAGGGGAUGCUUUCGUUCCCCCGGACUCUUGCACUCCACCAGAGCGGAUCCAGGAAAUACUUUGUCCAGCAGCCCGUCAGCGAAUUGGGCACAGUCAGCUCUUCGCUGGCCACGAUCCAGAACCAGACCAUUACCCCGGGUCAGGUCCUCCUCUCGUCAGUGCAUGGAACGGCGCUGGAUAUGCAGCUUACCUUCACGCCCAACACGGACUCCGUGCUAGAACUCGCGGUGCGCAAGGCCGGCUCGCAGGAAACCAUUAUUCGGUACGACAGCUCCAACGAGACCCUCGCCGUGGACCGGACAGCCAGUGGAGACACAUCGUAUGACCCGGCCGCAGGAGGUGUCCACACCGCGCCGCUUGUUCCAGAUGCCUCGGGGGUGGUCCGGAUCCGGGUUCUCGUCGAUACUUGCUCGGUCGAGGUUUUUGGUGGGGACGGCGAGGUGGUCAUCUCGGACUUGAUCUUUCCGGACGAGGCGGCGGAUGGCCUGGCACUGCAGGUCAUCGGGGGGUCAGCGGCGUUGCGCUCUGUGCAGGUGAACGGGAUCGCGCUGGACUAG